AUGAUGCUGGGUUACGCAGCAGCCAUUUGCCGUUUCCCCGGUGCACCGGCCCACUCCCGCAUCUCUUUCUCCGACGAGACCAUGGCAGAAGGCACUGUUGCCACCUACUCGUGCGAGCGAGGUUUCGAGCUUCUCGGCCCCGCCAGGCGUUUGUGUGGCGCCAAUGGAAAAUGGACGCCCGACGGCAUUCCGUUUUGUGUACUGAACGUGGCAGCUGGAAAAGCGCCAAUGCAGAUAUCCACAGAAGGCGGUGGCGCCCCCCAGCGGGCACUGGAUGGCAGCACUUCUGCUGUGUUUAACGCCGAGACCUGCACCCUAACGAAGUCUGAGCGAGUGCCGUGGUGGUACGUCAACCUACUGGAGCCCUACAUGGUGCAACUCGUUAGGCUCGACUUCGGCAAGCCUUGCUGUGGUGCGAACAAGCCAGCGGUGGUGGUGGUUCGAGUGGGGAACAGUCGGCCCGAUCUGGGCACCAAUCCGAUAUGCAACCGCUUCACGGGCUUCCUCGAGGAGGGGCAGCCGCUGUUCCUGCCCUGCAACCCGCCGAUGCCCGGGGCGUUUGUCAGCGUCCACCUGGAAGGCGCGAGCCCGAGCCAGCUGUCCAUAUGCGAGGCUUUCGUGUAUACCGACCAAGCGCUGCCGAUAGAAAGGUGUCCGCAGUUCCGCGACCAGCCCCCGGGCAGCACCGCCACCUACAACGGCAAAUGCUACAUAUUCUACGACCGGCAGCCAUCCGACUUCAGGGACUCGCUGGCGUUCUGCCGCUCCAGAGGAGGAACGCUCGUCGACGAGAGCAACCCGGCCCUGCAAGGCUUCAUAAGCUGGGAGCUAUGGCGCAGGCACCGAAGUGACAGUAGCAGUCAGUAUUGGAUGGGCGCCGUUCGAGAUCCCCAGGAUCCAAAUAACUGGAAAUGGGUGAACGGUAAUGACGUCACCGUCUCCUUCUGGAACGCUCCGGGAGGUGGCGAAGGUUGUGCUCGAUUCGAUGGCAGUAAGGGGUGGCUAUGGGCUGACACCGACUGCCAAGCAAGAUUAAACUAUAUCUGCCAGCAUCAACCCAAGGCGUGCGGUAGACCGGAGCAGCCGCCCAAUUCCACUAUGACGACGGAGAGCUUCGAAGUCGGGGCACCAGUCGAGUAUUCAUGCGACGAGGGGCAUCUCCUAGUUGGGCCAACCGUACGAACUUGUUUGGACACAGGAUUUUAUGACGAGUUCCCGCCAGUUUGCAAACGCAUUGACUGCGGCUUACCUGCCGAGAUCGCUCACGGCGGCUACGAACUGGUGAACGGUACGGCGUCCUAUCUCUCGCACGUGCAGUACUUCUGCGAGGCUGGCUACGAGAUGGCGGGGCGAUCGCGGCUCGUGUGCGACAUCGACGAGCGGUGGAACGGACCACCGCCGCGGUGCGAAGCGAUCCAGUGCGAGCCGCCGGCCCCGAUCUCGAACGGCCGCGUGCUGGUGGCCAACAACGCGUCCAUCUUCGGCGCUAUUGCGGAAUACGAGUGCUCGCGGGGCCACCGUCUGUCGGGCGCCCGCCGCCGCGGCUGCCUCGCAACCGGCCUGUGGGAACAGCCCCCGCCGCACUGCAUACCUGAAGAACAUCCGACCACUACAACGACGACCACCACCACCACGACCACGACCACUACUCCACCGCCCACCACAACAUCCAUCCCAUUGACGACACCGGCAACAACGCCCCGCUUGGUGCUUCCAUCGCGUUCUCGGCCAACGCUUCGACCGACGUCGCCUGCGCCCUUCGCGCCGCCAGACAGCUCUCGCAGACCACGCCCGAAGAGCACGACCACGGAGACGCCGACCACCAGGUCGUACGAGAAACCGCCACCCCGAAAGGUCACCGUCGCGGACUCGCAAGACUCGUCCACCAACCACGUCCCCCACAUCAUAGUCGCCAAUCACCCGAGAGAAAAUCAAAUCCUGGGCAGCGGGAACAACAUUCGCGCCGAGCAGACCCCGCGCGUCAACGUACCUCAGCCGGUGGACGGAGAAAGGAGGGAGGGCGCCCGCCUUAACCUGGGCGCUGUGGUCGCCCUGGGGGCAUUCGGCGCUCUGGUAUUCCUCGUCGCCAUUAUCACAACCAUAGUGAUCUUGGUCCGAAGGGUCCGCGGGAAAGCGCCGAAACGUAAUAUCCUGCAUUCGUCAUGCGUCCGGUCUGCUGCAGCGCUAUUACGUGGUAUACGUUUAGGAUCUAAAAGAGACCCGCCCGCCCCUACUGGGCGACUGGCUCGAGUGAUUACUAGCAUCCGACGUUUGCGUACCACUAUCCGACGCAUGCGGUGCAACUUAGACUUGACAACGGACGCUAUUAACGUCAGUGGCGGUCCGAAGCGACCACCGGCGGCCGUCCGCGAGCUCCCCCCCCGAUGGUACACGCUGCUGGCCCUCCCAUUCCCGGACCAGCAGGUCGGCAGGCGGGAGAUCGCCCGCGCCCACCGGCACGCACACCGCGCCGGCCACUUCUCCAACCCGUUA